AUGGAGGAGCUGAAGAAGGAAGUGGUCAUGACAUAGGGCCUUACCCCUGAACAGGCACGGGAAAUCCUAGAACGAGAGGGACCUAAUACACUUACUCCACCCCCCACCACUCCGGAAUGGAUCAAAUUCUGUAAGCAACUGUUCGGUGGCUUCUCCAUCCUACUGUGGAUUGGUUCCUUUCUCUGCUUUGUGGCCUAUGGCAUCCAGCUCUAUUUCAGUGAUGAGUCUACCAAUGAUAAUCUCUACCUGGGCAUAGUACUAGGCAUCGUGGUCAUCAUCACUGGCUGCUUCUCCUACCAGCAGGAGGCCAAGAGCUCCAAGAUCAUGGAGUCUUUUAAGAACAUGGUGCCACAGCAAGCCCUGGUGAUUCGAGGAGGAGAGAAGAUGCAGAUUGAUGUACAAGACGUGGUGUUGGGAGACCUGGUAGAAGUGAAGGGUGGAGACCGAAUCCCGGCUGACAUUCGACUUAUCUCUUCACAAGGAUGUAAGGUGGACAACUCAUCCUUGACCGGAGAGUCAGAGCCCCAAAGCCGCUCCCCCGAGUUCACCCAUGAGAACCCUUUGGAGACCCGGAACAUCUGCUUCUUCUCCACCAACUGUGUGGAAGGAACAGCCCGGGGCAUUGUGAUCGCUACAGGAGACUUCACAGUGAUGGGCCGCAUUGCCUCACUGACAUCAGGCCUGGCAGUUGGCAAGACCCCCAUUGCUGCUGAGAUUGAGCACUUCAUCCAUCUGAUCACCAUGGUGGCCGUCUUCCUGGGGAUCUCUUUCUUUGUGCUUUCGCUUCUCUUGGGCUAUGGCUGGCUGCAGGCUGUCAUUUUUCUUAUUGGCAUCAUUGUGGCCAAUGUGCCUGAGGGGCUGCUGGCCACCGUCACUGUAUCUAUCCACCUUCAGGAGGACGCCUCCCAUACCUACGUGCUGCUGAUGAAGGGGGCUCCCGAGAGGAUCUUGGACUUGUGCUCUACUUUCCUGCUGAAUGGGCAGGAGUAUCCAAUGAACAAUGACAUGAAGAACGCCUUCCAGAAUGCCUACUUGGAGCUGGGAGGUCUGGGAGAACGUGUGCUAGGAUUCUGUUUCUUGAAUCUGCCUAAGAGUUACUCCAAGGGAUUCCCUUUUAAUACCGAUGAUAUCAAUUUUCCCAUGGAGGAGCUUUGUUUUGUGGGGCUCAUUUCCAUGAUUGACCCUCCAAGAGCUGCUGUGCCUGAUGCUGUGAGCAAGUGUCGUAGUGCAGGCAUUAAGGUGAUCAUGGUAACAGGGGAUCAUCCCAUUACAGCCAAGGCCAUUGCCAAGGGUGUGGGCAUCAUCUCAGAAGGCACCGAGACAAUAGAGGACGUGGCUGCCCGGCUCCAGGUCCCUGUCAGCCAGAUCAAUCCCAGAGAUAUCAAAGCCAUUGUGGUGCAUGGCUCAGAACUAAAGGAUAUGUCAUCAGAGCAGCUCGAUGAGAUCCUCAAGAACCACUCAGAGAUUGUGUUUGCCCGGACCUCCCCGCAGCAGAAGCUCAUCAUCGUGGAGGGAUGUCAGAGGCAGGGCGCCAUUGUAGCAGUGACUGGUGACGGAGUGAACGACUCCCCUGCACUGAAGAAGGCUGACAUUGGCAUUGCCAUGGGCAUCACUGGCUCUGAUGUCUCUAAGCAGGCAGCUGACAUGAUCCUGCUGGAUGACAACUUUGCCUCCAUUGUCACGGGCGUGGAGGAGGGCCGCCUCAUCUUUGACAACCUGAAGAAAUCCAUUGCGUACACCCUGACCAGCAACAUCCCUGAGAUCACCCCCUUCCUGCUCUUCAUCCUCCUCAGUAUACCUCUGCCUCUGGGGACCAUCACCAUUCUCUGCAUUGACCUAGGCACUGACAUGGUUCCUGCUAUCUCCUUGGCUUAUGAGACAGCUGAAAGUGACAUCAUGAAGAGGGCUCCACGGGAUCCAAAGUCUGAUAAACUGGUGAACUACCGUCUCAUCGGCAUGGCCUACGGACAGAUUGGGAUGAUCCAGGCUCUGGCUGGAUUCUUUACCUACUUUGUGAUCCUGGCCGAAAACGGUUUUAAGCCUUUGAAUCUGCUAGGCAUCCGCCUCAACUGGGAAGAUCAAUACUUGAAUGACCUGGAGGACAGCUAUGGACAGCAGUGGACCUACGAGCAGCGGAAGGUGGUGGAGUUCACGUGCCACACGGCCUUCUUUGCCAGCAUCGUGGUUGUACAGUGGGCUGACCUUAUCAUCUGCAAGACCCGCCGCAACUCAGUCUUCCAGCAGGGCAUGAAAAACAAGGUCCUACUAUUUGGGAUCGUAGAGGAGACAUCCCUGGCUGCUUUUAUGUCCUACACUCCAGGCAUGGACAUGGCCCUGAGAAUGUACCCACUCAAGGUAACCUGGUGGGUCUGUGCCAUGCCCUACAGUCUUGUUAUCUUCACCUAUGAUGAACUCAGAAAAUUCAUCCUCCGACGAAGGCCUGGCGGCUGGCUGGAGCAGGAGACGUACUACUGA